AUGGUUGGACUUGAGAGGGCCUCAUCUAUUGAGAAUGAGCCUCUGACUCUGAAUAUUGAGCAGAUCCAGUUUGCAAGGGAAGCAGCACUAUGUGUGGUGAAUACAAGGAGCGUAGAAGAAGCUGUGAGAAUUUUCACGGUGGGUUUAGAGCCGGUGGUUAGCAGUGGAAGUGGCAACAAUGGCACGAUGGUGGACUAUGGUGAAGAGGGUUUAGAGCCGGUGGUUAGCAGUGGAAGUGGCAACAAUGGCACGAUGGUGGAAAAUGGUGAAGAGGGUUUAGAGCCGGUGGUUAGCAGUGGAAGUGGCAACAAUGGCACGAUGGUGGACUAUGGUGAAGAGGUAGACUACUCGAUCCAUCAUCUAACGAGUCCAAGACUUAGGGACAUAGCAUCGGCACCAUUUUAA